AUGGAAGCCAUUUCUCACGUUCUGCAGGAUAUGCGUGAUUACUGGGCUGAUCAUUUCUCUCGUAGAUUUUUACCCAGAAGACCAACACUUCGCCAAGCAACCUCCUUGUCCACUUUCUAUCUGUUGGACUACAAAACCCGGCAAGCUGAACUUGGAAUGGAUUACGGUCCUCCAUGUGCUCAGCUGAGCAAAGCAAAGUUUGUCUUCCAGGAUGGUGAGUGGCAGAGUGACAGUGUCCCUCAACAGAUGCCCUUACUGCAGUUAUUCUCCUCCCCUGACAAGCAAUCACCUAACAAGGCCCUGAAGAAAGCCAACAAAGCAUUACUGGAAGAGAACAACUACUUGAAGCUACAACUCGAGCUGCUGAUGGACAUGUUGACAGAGACCACAGCAAGACUACACUCCGUAGAGAAAAGGCUGGACACCACUUCAUGGCAUCCAAAGAUUAAAAAGACAAACAAGGUGCUGAUGCUUCGGUCUUAA